CCCGCAAGAGGGCCGGCGAAUCAUCAUGGAAAGAUCUGGUAGAUCAUACGACAUUUCAAGGACAAUAAACGGUUUGGGUUCGUAGUCAUUUUGGCUCAAGCCGUUUCGGCUUCAUUAUUCUUGGUUCUAGCCGAGGCUUCAGCAAGAGGUCGCCCCUUUCUGUUUCUCUCCCCCCCCCCUUCCUCCAGACCCGAGCGAACUCGGCGAACCAUGCUGCCUGGGGCGUCCCGUGGCAACGCUGGGCGAAAGCUGGAGGUGCUCGAAGCCAGAACUUUGGCGCGGACCAUGUGCUCGAGCAGGGCGUGCAGCGGGUGCGUGGUCUGCAUCUUUGUUUCAUUGUACAUGCUCUGGCCGCUGCUGCAAGGCUCGAGUGGGUACGACGAGGCGCCGCCGCUACUGCUCCUGUCGCAGCCGAGAGGCGCUGCGGGUGGCGCCGCGCCUCGGUUGUGGGACGCCGCGCUGCGGUGUAACCUGGACAUUUGCCGCGCGCACGACCCGAAAACGACCCCCCGGCUGUUCAUCAACGAGUUUACAGGCGGCGCUGGCAAUCGGCUGAAAAACAUCAUAUGCGGCAUGGGCGCAGCCGUGGCGAAUGGUAUGAAUUUUGGCGGGGUCGUGGCGCGCGCCUCGGGCGGCAUUAGUGUGCACGGCAAGCCAUGGCCGAUGAUCGUGGACGGUUUCCUUGGCCAGAAUUUCUACAAUAACACCUUCAUCGGUCGCCACCUCAUGUGGAAAUUCGUGAAGGACAGAAGCGUGCGCGAGGUGAAAAACUUGCAUGCCCUCGCGCAGAAUCGGAGCUCCAUGCAGCCAUCGGACAAUGUCUAUCUUAACAAGUGUGAGUUCUCGUCUGGCGACGACGUUGCGCGCUUCCUGACUCCGAGUUUGCAGGCAGAGUUGACGUUGACGCUGUCGAAGCGCAGCCUUGUUUUUGCGCAAGGCAGACUUGCCGUCGCUGUGCACCUGCGACGCGGGGACCGUUGGAAGGCGCCUGCCCACAAACACGGCGAUGACGUGUUAUUGUCGACUGACGCCAGCGCGGAGGACGCGUAUUAUUAUGGGCUGAUAGAUAUCAUCAGGCGCGCUGAGCCCCUUGCAGAGGUGCACGCCUGGAGCUCGCUCUCUGGGAACUGGACCUCCGCCGAUUUCGACGGCUACCGCAGCCGCGGCGUGCAGGUGCAUCUCGACGCAGACAGCGAUGGAGAUGCGGAGGAACUGAUCAACUGCUGGGCUCAGUGGACCCAAGCGCAUGUGUUCUUGUCGGCUCGAAGCACGAUGUCAAUGGUGGCGGUGAUGCUGAACCCGAACUGCGUGGUGCUGGCGCCCGCGGGCUUCGACAACGCACGCGUGCCUCCGAGGUGGAUGUUUGGGAAGCCCACGCCCGAGAAGAGGCUGGCCGCUUGCAUCCGACAGGUGUGGCAGCCCGCUGCAGACACCACGCGGGACGGACAAGUCCGGGCGCCCUCCGCCGCCGCCCCGCACCGGGCGGAGGCCUCGGAGGCGGCGCCUGGCCGCGCGGGGAAGCCGCUUGCCGACCCCGCGCUGGCGCAGGCCCUCGCGGUCCCCGCCCGCGCGGAGGCGCCGCGCCCUGCCCCCGAGGAGGUCGCGGGCAGCCCGCGGCCGCCCUCGGCGAAGGAGGGGCUGGCGUCGACGCGGGUCCGCUUGCAGAAUCAUUAUUACCGGCACGAGCAGUCGCGCCGGGAUCGCGCGGCGGGCGAGCGCUCGAGCGCCUGCGCGAGGCACGAGGAGGACCCCCUCUUCACGGCUGGUCUCGACCAGUCCCGGUACCCGUGGCACCCCGCCGUGCGGGAGAGACGGAGGCCCAGUGUGCUUUGGGGCACUGCGCACGCGCAGAAGGCCAUCUGGGACCACCAGCACCCCGCGGAUUGCAGUCGCGCGAUUUUCAUGCAGUGGACGCAUCACCGUGCAGGCAUCGGUGCCACCCUGCACGUGAUGUCACGGGCGCUCGCGUAUGCGAUGCGUCUGGGUCGUGUUUUCGUGUUUGCAAAGAAGGACAGAUACCUGAUGUGGCGUGACCGAAACUUCUGCCCGGACGCUCCCGCUUGGGAGUGCUGGUUCCUGCCCGUGGCGGGCUGCGCGGCGCGGCCAGAGGCCACGCUGAACGUGUCCUACGAGGACCUCAAGGCUGCCGGGGAGGAACUGGCACGGAGCCAUCCGCACGAGGACGCCCAUUCCCUCGAGGUGCCGCCCCAGUUCCGGGGAGCUCUCUCGAACUGCUCCCCCGUGAGGCGUGACGCGUGGUUUCAUUGGUGGAGAGCGCAGGCGAUGACUUACGUCAUCCGGUUCAACGAGAAGACCCGGGGGCAGGUGGACAGGCUGGCAGCAGAGGUGCUGCAGCUGCGGCGCCUGGGCGGACAGGCUGCCGCCACCGCAGCACCCAGGAUCACCUCCCUGGAGCCUGGAUCCGUCAGCCUGCAUGUGCGACACGGCGACAAGGGUAGGGAAAUGAAGCUCGUUGCUUUCAAGGAGUACCUCCAGCUGGCGGAGCGCCUCGCGGAGGGAGACCAGGACCUCCAGGUGAUGAACCAAGGGACAACCUUUGACUAUCCACACUGCACUGUGGCGGAUCCCCCUGAUACAUUCCGGCGUCGGGUGAUGUUCGUAAGCACCGAGGACCAACAAGUCAUCGACGAGGCUCUCAACAGUACGGGACUCGUUAGAAACGCGUGGGAUGUGGCCUACGUCGAGACCGAGCGCAAGAACACCUGUGUGUUCUGCCAGCGCGGCGACAAGGGCGUGGAGCGGGAGGUGCUCGAAUCAUUGCUGAAUCUGGAGCUGGCGCUGCAGGCAGACGCGUGGAUAGGCACGCUGCGGUCCAACUGGUGCCGUCUCAUAGACGAGCUGCGCAUGACGAUCGGGGCUAAAGCUGGCUCGCCUUACUUGAACUUGCCUUCUGGGGACCACGCGAUACCAGACUGGUGAGGCCGCGGCGACGAAGGCAAAGAGUGUGCAGCAUGUGCCCCAUGCGAUGCUGAACAGCAAUCGGGGUAAACCCCUCCCCCGAGCAGGGGAAGGAGGGGGAAGAGAGAAGAACCAACUCCUUAUACCACCGUAGCCCUAGAGGGCUGGUGGGAUUUACUGCAACGGGAGCGAUGCUACCGAAAGCCUCCGAACACAGAUCGGGGGUGGUCGAGCGAAGGCCAACAGGCAUGGCCUGAACGGGGUGCCUGCGGGCCGCGACAGUCUGCGCGGAGUGCAGGGCUUCCCGCGCGCCGCGGCUUAGCUUGAGGCGGGGAUUCGCCCUGCACCCUCCGCGUCGGCACUGGGCAAAGGCUCGGGUUGCGUCUUAUGAGACAUUGUCGGGUCUUCUUCAGCCUGCGGAGUAGCUGGCGUUGCAAGCCUUGUCCAAGUUCUGCAAUCGUUCCGUCCCCUUCCCGCCUCUUCUCAAGUCGUUCACCUCCCUGUCCUUUUUGGAAGGCGAAUGGCAUCGCAGUCAGAGGGAUGAUUGCUAAGCUGGCCCCGGCCACAAGCGCGGCUUCUGGACCAAGUUUUAGAGAUUUGGUAUUUGCGACGACGUCGUCGAGCAUGAGCUCAAUUCGACACCUUCUGUCUCAAUCAUCUUGCAUGUUUCAUACAAUGAUACUGGAGAAAAACCCAAUCAUAUUUUUGUUAGGGCUAUUGGGCUAUAGGGCUAUACGGCUAUCGGGCUGUAGGGCUAUCGGGCU